AUGCGACGGAAGUCAGAUGCACCCGCAGUCACUUAUGCAACGUAUCGAGGUUCUUCAAGGAUUAGGCAGCUAAUGAAGAAUCAAUCAGAAAUGACUGGAAAAGGACAAGAAAGUACUGAGAACAUAAAUGAUACAAUGGUCAAAGAAAAUGGAGAAAUCCAAAUAACUCACUCUUUGAAAUCAGGACACCUAAUAGAAGAAAAUGCGGAAGAUGAGGGUAAAGAUUGCAAAGAUGAUGCCAUAGUAAAUUCUUCUGCAGUUAGAAUGGGAAACAAACAGUCUGGUAAAGCUCAGCAUUGCCUGGGUAGCAGUAAACAUGAAAUCACUGCAAAGGCCACAACUUCAACCACUGAAUCAUGUCAUGAGCUAGACUUAAGACACACCCCUGCUUUAGCUGCAACAAAAGUUAAAAGGACGUAUUCACUAGAUUCAUUCUUGACAUUUAGUAGUAGAAACAGUGAGAUCUUAGCCAAUUCCACUUCCCAGACUGCUCAUUCUCUUAAAGUGAGUUCUGCAAAUGAUUUGGUUGGAAAAGAAGAUGGACUGCUAGGAGAAGCAGAAGCUCUGUUUGAGACAGAUAGAAAUGCCACUUCUAACUUUGAUAAAGAAAAUGACUGUAGUAAAGCAGCUAAUAAGGAGUCCCCGAAAGACAUACAGGAUGAUUAUUUACAUUCACCCAAGUCAAAAAGUAAGACAGUUAAUGAAGAACUGCAGGUGAGUAAGGGAGAAUUUUGCUGUAAUCAUCAAAUGGAUAAUAACUCGGAGCGAACUUUGGAUGUCCAGAUGCUUCAUUUCAGUACCACUACAUUUCAGCAGCAAGCAGAUCAGCAUAUUGGUAGUGCAAAUAAAGAUAGUAAUCCAAGAAAAAGUGAUACGCAGAAAAACGUGGCAGCUGUAGAAACAGAGCAAAAUCUGCAGAAUUUUCCUGCUACUGUUCUCUUUCCUUUUAAUGAACAAAUACCCACUUCACUUAGCAUGGAAUCCAGAAGGGAAAAAUGCAUGACCACAGGUAAUCUGACUGCUUCAGUGUCAUCUAUUGGACAUGAUGAAGAUAGAGUCAUGGACAGGGCGACAUGUAAUGGAGAACUGAAUGAGUUAAGGAAACCAGUGCAUGUACAAAAUGGUCACAAGUUAAUCCAUGUGGAGAAUUCUAAGGAUGCUGCCACACAGCAGACUGGUUUACCUUGUCUAGAAACUGAGGGUGUGGAAACAAUGAAGGUUUUAUCUGAGGCUGCAGUGCAAAACCUUGCCAAUGCAUCAUGCAUACAUGGGGGUGAAGGUGUGAACUGUGAUGAGCUGACAGCACUUCUCUCUGCAACUUAUGAAUCUUCUUUUGAAACUGGAGGCUGUUGCUCAGCUUCUCUUCAUCCUAGUUGCAAGUUCAGGAAUAAAACUACAGGGAAAAAAGAAGUCGGUUUAAAAGAUGUCAGAGAGAUUCUUUCUCAUCCUGAUCUUGAGUAUGAGAAGAGCAAAUCAUUAGAGCCUGUAGAUGUGAGCCUCUCAAAAAACUCUAUUUCUCUCCACAACCAUGGUUCUGUUUCUCUUGAAACUGUUCAAGACAUCCCUGACAAGACAGUUAUACUCACAGAGGGUAACACUGCACCUUGCCCUUUAAUCACCAUGAGAAGGACAGAUGGUCAUACUCCUGCUGCUUAUAAAACCGAUAAGACUGGAUAUGCUGUGGGACAGGUGAUUCUUGGUAACAGUGCUGCUGCUAUCUCAGAAGCCCCUUCUGUCAUGGAUAGUCAAACAGCUGCUGUACCUGCAGAGUCAAAUGGGCUCUGUUCUGAUGAGCAAUGGGAACAUACCGAUGUGAAGGGACAAGAUUGUGCUACAUUGCAAGAUGCUGCUAUUUUGUUUAAGAAAGCUGAAGAAAUAGUGAAAUCCGUUUUAAAUUUGGCUGCAGAAGAAAUAAUAGCAAAAGAAGCCAUUGAUGUCUGCCAGCUUUUUGGGAGCAAGGAUAAUUUAAUAAAUACAGAUAUUCUAAAUGAUCAGAAAGCUGUAACUGUACAGCUGGAAGCAGAAGAAAUCCAGUCAGCCGUGCAGUCAUUAAAAGAUUUUAAUGAGAGCAGUGGAGGAGGCUCAUCUUCUGUUACAGGAAAUGAAAGAGUGGAUACAAAUAAUCAAGAUGAAAAGACACUAUCUUGCAUCCCUGAUAAAAUUGACCUACAUAGUGCAUUAGCACUAAAAGCAAAAGAAACAGUUAAUGAAGUAAUUAACUCGGCCAUACAAAAAUUGGCAUCCAACCAGUGGCAAGGCACUGAGAGUGAAAGGUUGCCUGAAAAGGCUGAACCUAAACCUAAGCCUAAAAUGCCAAAGACAUUGAAUCUUGAUGUGAAGUUACCUGCCAAAAUGCAGGAACCAAUAGAGAUGAAGGAAACUCAGAGUGUAACUGUGAACUGUGAAAAGGCAGAUUGUUCAGGUCCUCAUUUGCUUCCAAAUACUAUUGAAAAUGGCAUAGAUUUGCCCAAAAGAGAUGAAAAGAUACCAAAUAAUGCAAUUAGUUGUCAUACAAAUGGAUUUCUACCCACUGGUAGUUCUGCAAGGCCAGAAUCAGAUCUUAUGACACCUGCAAACGAGAGGCACCAUAGAAAGGUGUGUGAACAUCUGGCUGCAGCAGAAAUGUGUGGCAAACCUGGAGUAUCAGCAACAAGUAGAAAAUCUGAUGGAUCUUUACAUUUUGUACAUAGAGAUGGUACCAUGACUGAAGAAAUUCUACUGUCAUCGCACUUUAAAGGUUCAUGCAAUACUACAAAUACGCGAGAGAGCACAUUGCUGCCAGCUGCAAAUGUUAAUUUGUCAUCUUUCAUGGCUGAUGAAGGUAUUGGCAUGCAGAAUGAAUCCAAAGAGAAAAGCAGUCCUCAGGGCUCUCUGGAAGGCAGUGUAGGGGACAGUCCAUAUGAAUGCUGUGGAAGAGAGACUGCAGAAGUACUACCUGCACAAGUAAGAGCAGCUUUAGAAGAUUCAAAGGCAGUAGAGGGUAAAGAGGAACUAGCAGAAGGGGCAAGUGAGAGAGCAGAGGUUAAUAUUGGGUUAGAUACACAGAUCAUUGUACCUGAAUUGUCUGUUAGUGGAAAGAACAGUGAAGGGAAACACUGCUUCAACACAGUCUUUGCCCAAAAUAAUGGGAAUCUGAAGCAGGCACAAAUGAAGGAUCAAGACAUGGAGAGAAAUGAUCAGCUUGAAGAAAAUGGUCUGGACUGCAGCCAUGACAUGAAGGAAUCAACAGAAUGUUUGGCCUCUUCUCCGCUAAUUGAACAGUGGGAAAACAGUUCCUUUACUAUCAUUUAUGAAGGUGCUCUUCAAACUGAGAACAAAUCUGUCUCAACUGCUGAUGAUGUGCAAAUUGGUUUGCUUUCUUCUUCUGAUUUGCCUUCAGAUACUAUAGAUCAUCUAAUGUGUGAAAGAGCAAAGAAUAAGCACGAGUCAACCUGUCUUUCUGGGAAAGAUAGCAAGUUGAAUGAAACAACAGAUAGCCGUAGCUUGGAGUCAUUUCUGAGUGUGGAGGCCAAGCGUUACAGAGUAUAUCCUUUCUCUUUGUCUCCCAUAUAUGAAGAUGACAGCUCCCAGGAAGACUUACUUUCCACAGAUGUGUCACCGGAAAGCCGUCCUGGUGGAAUAUCGAAAAAUAAUUCUGACCACGCUUCUGUUCUUUCCCUUCUCCAGUCAGUUUCUGAGCGCUUACAGUUUACUGCUCGAUAUGAGGAGGAGGAGGAGGAGCAGGAGGAGGACGCAAUAGAGGUCGAGGAAGAAUCAUCAUCAUAUGAGGAAAAUAUGCUUGAUGUUGAGAGAGAUGAUGACUAUCUUUCCAGCCAGUGGAGAGGCAGUUUAAAAACGUCAAAUGACCAAAAUAGAGCUUUGCUCUCUGAACAAUCAUUUCCUCUUUCAAAAGAACAAUUUGACUUGCAGGAACAGCCGGAACAGUUUCCAGAUGUUGCUUUUCCCAGUCAAACACCUUGUAAACCAGUUUCAGAGAAGCCUGAUGCUACUCUAACACAUCCUCCUACGAGUGUGUACUACCAGUAUUUGAAAUCUGCCAGCAAUUGCCCUUCUGAGAAGGGGACCAGGUUUGGAAGCAUUCUCCAGGAUAUGUUGCAGCCAAAGAUUCACUGGUCUCAAGACAACGCCAUGCCAAAACUGGGAGAAUUGUCAGCGAACCUCAUUGACAGGGCAAGUCUCAAAUACAAUCCAAGACCAGGAAAGAUUCUUAUUUAUGAUAUUUAUGGCAACAAAACUAAAGAAGUUCAUUCUGAUGUGCUAGAUACCUCAUCAUGGAUUUUUCCCAUUGGAACAUUACUUAGGAUAAUUAGAGGAUGUUGGAUUUUUUAUGAGAAACCGAAGUUCCAGGGUCGAAAAUAUGUACUAGAAGAAGGAGAGGCUGUACUGGAUCACCUUUGGGAUGUCCCAGGCAUGAAACAUCAUUCAAGAAACCUCACAGUUGGUUCGAUCAAACAUGUAACAAAGGACUGUGGCAUUCCAGAGGCAGAGUUUUGCCUGGCUGCUGGUAGCACAGAGGGACUUCCUAUCCGCAUACAGGGUGCAGUGGCCAAUUUAGAAGAACUGGAUGUUGAGAAAAACCCUUAUGUAAGAGUCAAAUCAGGAGUAUGGCUUGCUUAUUCAGACUUGAACUACAAGGGAGAGAUGACAGUUUUGGAAGAAUGUAGUUCACCAUCUGAAAUUCCUUCAGCAGAUGUAAAAUCUCUGCGGCCCUUAAAAAUGGGUGGACUAAAGGUACAAAUGCCAAUGAAUGUUAAGGUAAUAAUAUAUGAGAAAAGCAACUUUGGAGGAUGGUCCAAAGAGUUUUCAGAAAACAUCACUUCUGUCCCAGCGUUGUUUGGUAGUGAAGAGGAGUUUCAGGAAAUCGGAUCAAUACGUGUAAUUGGUGGAGUAUGGGUUGCCUAUGAUCAGGAACGCUACAAAGGCUGUCAGUACUUGCUGGAAGAGGGAGAUUAUGAAGACAGACACUCAUGGGGGGGAACUGACAGUGUCCUCCUGUCUUUCCGGUUCCUUCAGGCUGAUUUCAUAGAGUCAUCAGUGGCACUUUAUCAGUCUGAUGAUGAAGAUGGGAAAGCAUUAGACAUCGUCAAUGAAGAAAUCCCUGAUUUGGAGCAGGCUGGAUUUGGCCCAGAGACAAGGUCGAUUCUUGUGAGAAGUGGAGUGUGGGUUGCAUAUCAGCAGAAAUAUUUCUGUGGAGAACAAUAUGUAUUGGAGAAAGGAAAAUAUAAAUGUUUCUUUGACUGGGGAGGAUCUAGUAAAAUCAUCAUGUCAAUUCGACCUGUUAAGCUGGAGCCACUUGGAAUGAAUGAACCUCCACAUUUGCUCAAAGCUUUCAGUAAUACACAUUUCCAAGGAGCAUGUAUAGAUUUCACAGCAGAAGUUUCUGAUUUUACAUCAUUCAUACCAUGUUCUUUUAAGGUUCUUCGGGGAUGUUGGCUCCUGUAUUACAAAGGGGAAAUCACUGACAAUCACUGCGUGCUGGAAGAAGGCCUGUAUGUUGACCUCAGUUCCUGUGGCUGCUCAACUGCUACAAUCAAGUCCCUCAAGCCUAUUCAAUAUGUUUUUGCUGAGCCUUCCAUCAGUCUGUUCAGUCUGGAAUGCUGCAAGGGCAGAGAGCUGCACUUCAGUGAACCCAUCAAUUCUGUUUUGAAUGAGAACCUUCAUUUUUGCACUAAGUCUGUGUGGGUGAGAAGUGGAUUGUGGAUUGCAUACGAGGGAUGUAAUUUUUUAGGAAAGCAGAUUCUGCUGGAGCCCGGUGAGAUUUCAAACUGGAAUGAACACAGUGGCUGGAAACUAAUUGGCUCCCUUCGUCCCAUGAAGCAGCCAGCAGUGUACCUCAGAGUGAAGAACCGAGCCCAGGGGAAGUACCUGACAGUGGCUGGAAGCCUGGCAGAUGUAAGGGCGACGUCAGUGUGCGCGUCCCCAUACAACAGCAAGAACACCCAGGUCUGGCACUACUCUCGUGGGCUCUUCAAGUCCAAGGCUAACAAUGCCUGUCUGGAUGUCAUUGGUGGCAGAGAUGUUCCUGGGGCCAAAGUUGCACUCUGGGCAGAACAUGGGAAGGACAGGCAAAAGUGGAGACUCAAUGAGGAUGGAACCAUCAGUUCAUACCUGAGUGAACAACUGGUGCUUGAUAUUAAAGGAGGAAAUUAUUAUGACAAGAAUCACAUCAUUAUGAAUCAGCCAAUAGAAGACAAACCUUCACAAAAAUGGGAUAUUGAAAUAUUGUGAGUAAAACCCACCCCGCAGGUAGGCCUUGUGUGGGCUGUUAAC